CUCUGGCUCGGGGCUCCUAGUUUUCACAACUUCUCCAGCAGCUGUGCAGCGGGACUUCUGUGGCAUUGUACAAUGCCAACCCUCGAAAAAAGAAUCCAAAAUCAGCAGCAGCAGCGGAGAAGGACGCGCGCGGACGGCGGUGCGUAAAAUCGACACUUUCUCCGACGAAAAAAAAAGGAACGGCUACUUUUCGGAAUGCGUGUUCUUUUUUGAACUCCUGUCAAUGUUGGUGGAUGCAUGCUGUGGACGUGCCAUGUUUUGAACGGGUCAGAAAAUAACGGACACCCAGCAGAUGCGAGUGAGUUAUCCUCAAGGCUUUGAAUAGCUGAUGAAUCGAAUUAGUCUAGCCUAGCAGACUUUAUGUAAGAAGUAGGACUACACUAUCUCUGGCUACGCGUGUCCACAGUGCACGUCCUAGUUUCUGCAGAAAUACCAUUUUGCACGGAAUCGUAUCAUGUUGGCGACUAGAAGCGACCGUAAAUCGCCGAUUUAGAGCACAGGCCCCAGCAGUCAUCUGAAGGGGCUGCACGGACACUGACCCCUCGACCAAAGCACGAGAAAUCACUCGAUAUAAACGUGUAUGUUUACAUUGAACAACUAAUAUCUACCUCCCGGCAAGAUGGACGAGCCCGCGGACUCGCCGCCUCCUGUGGACAGUUGCUUAGACAGAGACAGCCUCAACCUCAGCGUCCUAAACUGGGACCAGGUGCAGCGGCUGGACGCCAUACUCACCAGCUCCAUUCCCAUCCACGGGCGAUGGAACUUCCCCACGCUGGAGAUGAAACCGAGGGACAUCGUCAAGGUGGUCCGGUGUCGCAUGGAGGAGAAGCGGAUACAUGUGCGGGAGGUGCGGUUGAACGGCUCCGCCGCCAGCCACGUCCUGCAUGAGGACAGCGGUUUGGGCUGGAAGGACCUGGACUUGAUAUUUUGUGCCGAUCUGAAAGGGGAGUUGGAGUUUCAAAUCGUGAAGGAUAUCGUUCUUGAUGCAUUGCUGGACUUUCUGCCGGAAGGAGUGAAUAAGGAGAAGAUCACACCAGUCACCUUAAAGGAGGCCUAUGUCCAGAAGAUGGUGAAGGUGUGCAACGACUCAGACCGCUGGAGCCUCAUCUCCCUCUCCAACAACCGCGGCAAGAACGUGGAGCUCAAGUUCGUCGACUCCCUGCGGCGGCAGUUCGAGUUCAGCGUGGACUCCUUCCAGAUCCGCCUGGACUCCCUGCUGCUCUUCUACGAGUGCUCCGAGCACCCCAUGGCCGCCACCUUCCACCCCACCAUCCUGGGCGAGAGCGUGUACGGCGACUUCCCCGCCGCCCUGGACCACCUGCGCCGGCGGCUCAUCUGCACGCGCAGCCCCGAGGAGAUCCGCGGCGGGGGGCUCCUCAAGUACUGCCACCUGCUGGUGCGGGGGUUCCGCGCGGCCUGCGCGGCGGAGAUGAAGCUGCUGCAGCGCUACAUGUGCUCGCGCUUCUUCAUCGACUUCUCGGACAUCGGCGAGCAGCGGCGCAAGCUGGAGUCCUACCUGCAGAACCACUUUGUGGGCCUGGAGGACCGCAAGUACGACUACCUGGCCACGCUGUACGAGGUGGUGCGCGAGAGCACCGUGUGCCUCAUGGGCCACGAGCGGCGGCAGACGCUGAGCCUCAUCUCGUCGCUGGCGCUGCGCGUGCUCGCCGAGCAGAACGCCAUCCCCAACGCGGCCAACGUCACCUGCUUCUACCAGCCGGCGCCGUACGUGGCCGACGGCAACUUCAGCAACUACUACGUGGCGCAGGUGCAGCCGGUGUACUCGUGUCCGCCCUCGCCGUCACGCCACUACCACCCGCCGCCGUAUCACCCCGUGUACCAGCAGGCCACCUGGCUGCCCUGCAACUAAAAAAAAAGGCCAAAAAUGUUGUUUGUCCCGUGUUCUGCUUGUGCUGCCGUCGCUGCUGCUGCUGCUCGCCGCUGCCGCUGUAGUCGUCGUUGUCCAUGGUGGCUCCCCCUGACGUUUUUGCGAUGAUGAGGAAGAGUUUCUUUCUCUGAGGAGUUCCGGGGGGAAAUGGGAGAACAGAGGAUGGAAAGGGGAGACACUGCAUCAAGGUCCCCCCGACGCGGAGAAAGGCUUUUCUCCCCGGGGGGGAAAGGGGAUUGUUGUCAGAGUGGGUGGUGGGAGCGUGAGUGUCAGAUAUUGCCCUCAGUCCGGUGAACAUGAUAAUGACCCUCAUAGCCUCGUUCUAUUAAAUACACAGUGUUACAGAAUGUCUGAGCUACCAGCAAUACCGGACACGGUGGUUUUCAAUCUAUGCUGAAAACCAAGACUUAAAAUUUUGUACAAAGAGCGCAUCAAAAAAACAAUCUACGGUCGACGAUCACAGCGAUCCGCGAGGUCGAUUGCGAACCACGAGUGGAAAUAGAGAAGUGGGAGGCACUCUACAUGAGAAGCGGAACCCCCCCCCCCCGCAGCAGACGGACAUUGUCGGCCAUGUUUAUCCGAUGUCAUCGCAACGGACAAAAGCACGCUUCAUCACUGUACAGAAAUAACUUUCUCUUGAGGAAAAAAGUGCCUAGAUAAAAAAAAAGAAAUCCUACAGAUUUUAGAGGACUAUAGAGCUGUUUUAGGGGCCGAUCUCACCGAACGCUUUUUUGUAAUAGCUGGGGCGGGGCUGUAUAGUCUUUGUCCCCCUUGGUUCUCAUUGUUCUCAUUGAACCAAGCACGGUUCCCAAUGAGAACAAUGGCUAAGUGUCUCACUGUUUUCUAAUACGAGCUACACGCUUUUUUGGCCGCGCGCAGCUGCACGCAUCCCAAAUUGAAAACAUUUAAACUCUGGAGCCCGUCCUCAUUGUAGGUUUCGGGGUGUACAUGUUUCCUGGUUUCCUUGCAACAGUAAAGAGGUACAUCUUCCUGCUGUACAUUUUCUAGGCUAAUUCUAACAAAUGCAGUGCAGUACGCCUUGUGUUUCACAGCCUGCAAAGUUUUUUUUUCGGUGGGCUCAGCUCCUAAGGGACCUGUGUGGGCUACGCUGUUAAUGAAUGUAUUUUGGACCAAAGAGUGUCAAUACUGAGAUAGAUCUCUUAUACUAAGGGCAAAGGCUUAAGGAGCAACCGAGUAGAUCCGGACCAAUGCAAAACCAGCUGGAAGGGCAGGGAGGUUGAUGAGUGAGUGAGUGUGUGUGUGUGUGUGUGUGUGUGUGUGUGUGUGUGUGUGUGUGUGUGUGUGUGUGUGUGUGUGUGUGUGUGUGUGUGUGUGUGUGUGUGUGUGUGUGUGUGUGAGAUAAGAACGAAGAAGGACAAAAAGGAGAGGGAGGUGAGAGACUUGCCAAACCCCGCAACACACAUCACCAGAGUUGGUCUCCAUGGUUAUGUGGCGCUAAUACAAACGGCAUGUUUGUCAGAGGCGUGGAGGUUGCAUUGUGUAUACACACACAGGUAAUGUAUGUCUAAGUAGAUAUUGAUAGGCCUGAAGUGAGGACAUACAACUUGUAGUCAUACAGGCUGGUAUCCCCCCCACCCCCACCCAGAAGAAAACUCUGACGUUGGAACACAAAAGAAACAUUAGUUCUUUGUGUGUUUUUAACUUGUAUUUUUCUUUGAGAUACGGGGGAUUGGGGCUUGACGGGCAGCUGGUUGUGCUCUGACUAAACACAGAAAAGUAAUGUCCAUUUGUGGAAAUAGAGAUAAGGAUAAUCGCAGUAUAUGCAGGGAAUGGGAAAAAUCUAAACCAAGGGUGGACUACAGCAUGUUUCAACUCUUGGAUGGGGAAUUUGAGUUUCAGAAGUUCCUCGAACCAAACCUCUCGUCAGAUAUCCUAUUUUUCUAUUGACCUCUAUUUUUGUACAGUUUGUGUCUGGCCGCGGCCAUAGGGAGACUAGUGAGGUUGAGUUGUCGAGUAUAAAGAGUAUUUUUGUGAGAUUUUCUAUGAUACUACACUGUUGAAGAGCAGUGGCUGCGACUGGGCGUGAUACUUGAUGUGUUUUCAGCUGUGUCAGAUGUUUUUUUUUUUCAUUGCUCAAAAGAGAUUGUGUCACUUUUCUGUUCAGAGGUUUGAAUGCCACACGUGUGGGACCUAAUUAUUACUGGAGAGUAUUGUCUUAAGAUGAAUGGAGUAAUAAUAAUAAAAACACAACCAAACAUUU